AUGGCGAAAACCGAAGGUAAAGCCAUCGGCAUUGAUCUUGGCACGACAUAUAGCUGUGUUGGUGUGUGGCAAAGUGAUCGUGUAGAGAUCAUACCCAAUGACCAAGGUAACAGAACAACUCCGUCUUAUGUAGCCUUCACUGACACAGAACGCCUCAUCGGUGAUGCGGCCAAGAACCAGGUCGCAUUGAACCCUGCCAACACCGUCUUUGAUGCCAAGCGUCUCAUUGGCCGGCGAUUCUCCGACUCGUCUGUCCAGAGUGACAUGAAACUCUGGCCCUUCAAAGUCGUCGCAGGUCCCGGCGAGAAACCCAUGAUCGUCGUCCACUACAAAGGCGAUGAGAAACAAUUCUCCGCCGAAGAAAUAUCUUCCAUGGUGCUCAUAAAGAUGAAGGAAGUCGCCGAAGCCUUUUUGGGGCAUAUCGUCAAGAACGCGGUGGUCACUGUUCCGGCCUAUUUCAAUGACUCGCAGAGACAAGCCACGAAAGACGCCGGUGCUAUAGCUGGGCUAAAUGUCAUGAGGAUCAUCAACGAACCCACCGCCGCAGCCAUAGCUUACGGAUUGGACAAGAAGGCUUCGAAGACCGGUGAAAAGAACGUGCUGAUAUUUGAUCUCGGCGGUGGAACUUUUGAUGUUUCGCUGUUAACUAUUGAAGAAGGUGUCUUCGAAGUGAAGGCCACCGCCGGCGAUACCCAUCUGGGUGGUGAAGAUUUUGACAACAGAAUGGUGAACCACUUUGUAGCUGAGUUCAGGAGGAAGCACAAGAAGGACAUUAGUGGGAAUGCCAGAGCUUUGAGGAGGUUGAGGACGGCCUGUGAGAGGGCAAAGAGGACUCUGUCUUCUACCACUCAAACCACCAUUGAAAUCGAUUCUUUGUAUGAAGGUGUUGAUUUCUAUGCCACCAUUACCAGGGCAAGGUUCGAGGAUCUGAACAUGGACUUGUUCAGGAAGUGUAUGGAGCCUGUGGAAAAGUGUUUGAGGGAUUCCAAAAUUGAUAAGAGUCAGGUUCAUGAUGUGGUUCUUGUUGGUGGGUCGACAAGAAUUCCCAAAGUUCAGCAGUUACUUCAAGAUUUCUUCAAUGGGAAAGAGCUUUGUAAGAGUAUAAACCCUGAUGAGGCAGUGGCUUACGGCGCAGCCGUUCAGGCGGCGAUUCUGAGUGGCGAAGGGAACGAGAAGGUCCAAGAGUUGUUGCUUCUUGAUGUCACUCCACUCAGUCUUGGCAUUGAGACUGCUGGUGGUGUAAUGACGGUGUUGAUUCCGAGAAACACCACUAUUCCAACCAAGAAAGAGCAGAUUUUCUCGACUUAUUCGGAUAAUCAGCCUGGAGUGUUGAUUCAGGUGUAUGAAGGGGAGAGGCCUAUGACUAAGGACAACAAUCUUCUUGGGAAAUUUGAGCUUCAAGGUAUUCCACCAGCACCAAGAGGUGCGCCACAGAUCAAUGUAUGUUUCGACAUUGAUGCUAAUGGUAUACUUAAUGUAUCGGCUGAGGACAAGACUGCUGGUGUGAGGAACAAGAUUACGAUUACGAAUGAUAAGGGAAGGUUGAGCAAGGAUGAAAUUGAGAGGAUGGUCCAAGAAGCUGAAAGGUACAAGGCUGAGGAUGAGGGUGUGAAGAAGAAGGUUGAGGCGAAGAACUCGUUGGAGAACUAUGCGUACAGUAUGAGGAACACAGUGAGGGAUGAAAAGUUCGCUGGAAAAUUGGAUCCGGCUGAUAAGCAGAAGAUCGAGAAGGCGAUUGAUGAGACAGUUGAAUGGCUUGACAGGAACCAAUUGGCUGAGGUUGAUGAGUUUGAGGACAAGUUGAAGGAGUUGGAGAACUUGUGCAGUCCUAUUAUUGCUAAGAUGUACCAGGGUGGUGCUGGAGGAGACGUGCCAAUGGGUGGUGGUGCCAGCAUGCCGGGAGGUGGGUAUGGCAGGGCUGGAUCCGGUGGUGGCGCUGCUAGUGCCGGGCCCAAGAUUGAGGAAGUGGAUUAAAUAAUAAACAGGGUUCUUAGCUGGCUCUGUUUGGACUCUGUUUUCUUUUUCUUUCAUUAGUGUGCUCCUCAAAUAAAGCUCAGCUGUUAAUGAAAUCUAUUUUUG